AUGAGGAUGGAAGAUUUUUCCAGUGACACGAGUUACUCGAAUAAUCACUCGAGUGCAUUGUUCAGUGCAAAAGUCUCGAAUAGUAGUAAGACACAUGAUUCUGUAUCUGAUAUAAAUAAAAGACCCGAGAGGUCGAUGCAAGGUGUGCUGGGUUUGGAUAUGGCAACAGAAAAAUAUAAUGGGGACCGAAAGGUUAAUAAUGUGAAGUCCAGGAAUAGAGAUGAGGAUCAAGAAACCGACUCAGAAGAUGACAAUGAGCUGGACGAUGAUGAAACAGAGGAUGUAUUUGCUAGUGAGAGCCUUGCUAAUGAGAGAUCAAGUUUUACUGUACCGCAACUCCAGGAAUCAUUGAUGCCAUGGAGAUCAUCGAAAUCUGACAAGGACAAACGUAACUCCGAUAUUCAAUUUGAUCUGAUGUCCCCAGUAAGGUACAAUAAUAUUAAAGCAGCAGAAGCUACAAAUAGUAACAGGAGCUCUCUAUUUGGGAUUAAUGAAAAUGAUUUGCACGUCACAGAACCUACUUCAGAAUCAUCUGCUGGAAUUGAACAAUUACAAAGAGAUAUCACAUAUUACAAAUUAAAAAUAAAAACAUUGUUCGAGUUAUUGAAACAAUCAGAUAAGUAUGAUCACAAAUCUUCCAGUGUUGACAGGAAUUCACCAAAUUCAAAAGCAAAGAGAGAUUCUUUUUACAACAAUUUACUGGAUUCGAUAUCUCAAUCUAAUGAGAUCGAGCAAUUGAAGAAAACGAUCAAAGAACAAAAAGCAAGUCUUGAUGAGAACGAGAGUGUUCAAGCUAAUUUAAGAGAGAAAAUAACUUCUGUCAAUGAAAUGCUGAAACUAUUAAAGCAAGAAAAUAAAGAAACUUUAGACUAUGCAAAUGAAUACUUAGAACAUUCAGAGCAGAUAUCUAAAAAUGUCGAUGAAUUAAUAACAAUACUGAUAGAAAAGCUAUACAAAAUUUCAGAUAGAAGAAAAAAAACUUUAGAAAAGGCUAGAUCGAUUUCUUCUAGUUUUGUAAUGGUAAAAAUGAAUGCUUUGAUUUCAUCUCUCAGAAGAAUACUCGACGAUCUCAAGUACUACCAAAAGUAUUUCGAAUAUCAUAACGAGAGUACUAAACUUGACGAUAAUGCAGAAAAGAAACAAAUAACUUUUAUUGCGAACAGUACAGAUAUUCAACUUCCUAGCCAUGAAGCGGAACCCAUUGAUAACCAGGUUAAUUCUGCAAAGUAUAUUGAACAAAUCCAUUCAGGAGAAUUAGAUAGUUCCAGAAUCGAUACCAGAUUAGAAAAUGCUAUUCUUGACAUUCAUAGCGAAUAUGCUGAUUUUCUUCACGGUAUAAACAUUAAGAUGCAGGAUGCUUCCUUGGUUGAAGAGUCAUUGGUAAGUAAAUUUUCAAAACAAAUGUCAAUACUAAACAGACUUGCAUCUCAAUACCAAAUAUUAAAACAACAGCAUGAUGAGGAUUUGAAAUAUCAAAACAUUAAGUUAAUUGGCCUUAAUAAUGAAUUAGAAAAUAAAGAAAAAUUAAUUAUUGAACUACAAAAUGAAAACGAUGAUCGUAGCAAUAUUGUAAUGAAAUACAAUAAACUUCUAAAGACAAUUGAUGAUGAGAAAAAGUUAUUCAAAAUAAAGGAAAACAAUUUAAAUACGUUAAAUAAUGAACUUGAACAUGAUCUAGAUGAAAAUAGGAAUGCAAAUAAGAACUUGAUGGGUAUAGUUGAACAAUUGAAUCAUGAACUUGAACAUUUAAAGUUAGAUAGCAGCGACAAGUUUGAUACCAUGAAAAAUAAUUACUAUAAUAUGAUGCAAAAAUAUAACUCUUUGAAUAGUGAUUAUAAAGAUUUGAGGUACGAGAAUGCGAAUAUGAUUAAAAAUUAUGAAACCAUACAAAAUGAAAACUAUCAACUAAAGAAGACUCUGGAAACUGUGGAAACUGAUCAUAAUAUAAUUAUUAGAUAUGAAUCAGAAUUCAACAAUUUUAAACAACAUCUCAUAUUGCAUUUAUCCACUAUCUUCGUUACUUUAAGAAAAAUAUUACAACCUGAAUCAAUCGAUCAGUCAGAAGCUAAAGUUGAUGUAAUAAGAAGAUUAGAUAGUUUAACCCAAAUGAAACCAAUGUUAAAAAGAUUGGAUUCCUUGUAUACUUUUGUCGAGACAGCUCUAGAAUCUAUCAUUGAUUCAUAUAGUAUAUUAAUAAAAGAAACUAAUCAAAUAAAGGAAGACCGAAAGUAUAAUUCAGCUGUCGAUACCGAAAUGCAUAAAACUGAAUUGCACGAUCAACUUGAGUUACGUAUUGACGAAUUGGAGAGAAAAUGGUUAUCUGAGAGAGAACGUAGAAAAUUGGAUAACAAUGCAUCAGAAGAGAGGAUACUUAAAUUAGAGGAAGAAAAUAAAUUAUUAAGAGAAAAAUUAUACAAUAGAUGA